AUGCACCAUUAUAACCUUCUCGUUACUGAAAGAAUUCAACCAUCUUGGCGAAAAGAUUUCGCAAAUGAGUGGAAAAAGUUUGCAAACCGAGAAAUAAAAAAUUCUAACAAAUAUUUCACUAAUCAUGCUAAUUGGGUUCAACACAAUAAUAAAUAUCCAUUUCUCUAUGAAGCCCAACAAACAAUUUGGCAAACUAUCAAGAAUGAUUUACCCAACGCAUUGGCUAAUCCCGAAAUAGAACAUUGUGAUUAUGAGAAAGCCGAGAUGAAUUUAAUAGAUUUAAGUAUGGACGAAUACGAUUCAAAUGCCAGUGAUGUUGAAGUUACAAAUAAUAAGGCGAUUGAGUUAAAAGAAAUAUUAGCAAAG